AUGGCCAGACCCCCAGUCGGAGAGACAAGAGUCAGAGCCAGAGCCGCCGCUGCAGCCGGCAACGGCCGUUUCAAGGGCGCCAGGAUGCGGAAGUGGGGAAAGUGGGUCGUGGAAAUCUCGAAUCCCAUUACCCACAAGAGGAUCUGGCUCGGAACCUACGACACUGCUGAGGAGGCCGCCCGCGCAUAUGAUGCGGCCGAAUUAUGCAUCCGCGGCCCGGCGGCGACACUCAACUUCCCCCAUGACCCGCCGGACAUCCCGUUCGCGCCUGAGCUUUCUCGUCGUGAGAUUCAGUUGUUGGCGGCGCGCCACGCUCGCAGGGCCCCCGCGGUGCACCACCCACCUCCGGCUGCCGCAGCGAACUACCUGGAGCCAAACCCACCUCCGGUGGGGGAUGAUCUGACCCAAUACCUCCUGGACAGAGUAGGAGCUGGAGAGGGCGGCGAGUCCAGCGGAAGUGAGAAUGAUGUCCCGAUAGGAAAUGAUGAACCUCACUGUCACUCAGUGAGAUGGGCGCUCUCUCUUUGA